GGUUACAAUUUAUGUUUCACCUCUGUAUUUGUUGAAAAAUAUUCAAUAAAAGAAUAUUAAACCACGAUUGUUAGCUAUUGAAAAGCAAAAUGAACAUGUUUAGUGAAACAAGUGAUGAGGAAUUUAUCCCUUUCUUGAGUAGUUUAGGAGUGGAAACCUACAAGAAAUCCUUCGAAUGGAUGCUGAACGACCCUGAUUACGCCGGUGUCUUGGGGUGGCUUUACAAGAACCUGGACCAAAGCAACGCCCUGACUGCUCGGGAAGAAUACCGAUAUGCAGAAAUCCAAAAGAAAGGCAUACUGCAGUCUCCGCAAGAACUGGAUGAAUCCAUUGCUUCAAUCCUGCAGCAGUAUGAAGGGUUACCGCUGCCCGGAGACGCAGAAGCCAUGGAAGAUAUCCAACUGGAGACAGAGAUGCUCGAGGAGAGACUUCGGUUCCUGGAGAGGCAAGAGGAAAUUGUCACGGGGCUUGUUCAACAGAAUGAAAAAACCAAAGAGCAACUAACAUGUGAAGUGACAAAACUGAACGCAAUGAAGACCCAAUGCAAGCAGGAUGAGGCAAACUUGUCUGAAGAAUGCCUCUUGCUCGCUCAAGAGAUUGAAGAUAUCACUGAGAGUGCCAUUGAUGCCGUGGCCGAUGCUUUGAGCCUGUAUUCUAAUAGUCAAACUGAUGAGGACACAGCCAAGCGUUUCUUCGCACUCGGUCCGUUCGACCAGUACCGCCAGUCGCAGGCGCUGUUCCGAUCGCACUUCGACCUGUACUGUGCCAAGCGGUUCACGAGCCGGCAGGAUGAGCAGAGUGCGGUUGACAAUGAGCUGAGGAACGCUCUUGUUGAUGCUAAGGCUUUGGAGGAAAGGCUAGCGCACGCCAUGACGUCGUACAUCGCCGCGCAGGCCGACCUCAGCGGGGAGCAGGCCACGCUCGCGCUCACCUGCAACUAUGAGGCUGUUCAUCCUUCGCAGUAUGCGCUAGUAGCAAUGGAAGCUAAGAGCACAGUGGAGCUGCUGGAGCAAGAGGAGUCUAUCCUGGAGCAGCAGAUCCAGGCGGCGGUCCAGCAGUUCGUGGAGCGACGCACGAGACACGCCGUGGAUGUGGCCGUUAGAUCAGCGUUGGCUGUUAGAGAACAGAUCCUCUCAGACCUAACCUUCCUGCACCGUGUGACGUCACCGGCGCGCGCUCUGGACGGCGGCGUGUGCGCGCUGGCGCGGCUCUCGCUGCGGGCGGCGGGGGGGGCGACGCAGUGCUCCGCGCGGCUGCGGGGGUGGCGCGGGGCAAGGGCCGCCGCCAGCAGGGUACACCCCCCCCUCCACCGUGUGACGUCACGGGCGCGUGGUCUGGACGGCGGCGUGUGGCUCUCGCUGCGGGCGGCGGGGGGGGCGGCGCAGUGCUCCGCGCGGCACAGGGCGCGGCGCGGGGCAAGGGCCGCCGCCAGCAGGGGGAGACUGGAAACAAUGAUGGCAAUAUGUGAAGAGCAAGAGAUCUGCUCGCAAAGACUACAGAGCCAGGACAAGUUGUUGCACGCCAUCAGCAGUAUACUGGGAGUGAAGCCUACUACAGAUGUGGUGGUUUUGGUCAAGCAAUACGCAGAGCUGUUGGGAGAGAUCGAAGAACUGAAGACAGCUGUUGAGGAUAGAUUUAGACAGAAGGAAGAGAGAUUAGCGGAGAUCCAAACCAGCCACCUCCCGCUCCGCUCCUACCUCCUCUCCGGCCCCACGGGCGCCCCCCGCGGCGGCGGCGGCGCGGCGGCGCUGGGCGCGGGGCUCGCGCGCCGCGUCGCCGCCGCCGAGCGAGCCGUCUGCCACGCGGGGACCGAGUUCGCACGAGUUAAGAAUGGCGAUAAGCAGAACUUGAGGAAGCUGUGGCAGUGGUUCCUGAGCGAUCCGUCCAAAUUGAGAUCUGUUAUGAGAGCAACACAGUGCGAGAGUUAUUCAUGAGUUUAUUUAAGGUAUUUUUAUUAUACUAUUCUGUUUUGUCGUAUAGUUAACGUUGUAUAACGUAGGCUAUAAUGGAAAAAAAUGUGUAUCUUAAUAUUAUU